AUGCGCCUAACUUGGUUCAUCACCGGCUGCUCCAGUGGGUUUGGCGAAGCCCUCGUUCGUCAGCUUCGAUCUGCAGGGGAUAACGUCAUAGCCACUGGUCGCGACGCCGAUACAAAGCUCUCACACCUCAAAGAAACGGGUGCAGCUAUCCUAGAUCUCGAUGUUUCAUCAUCUCCUGAGAUCAUCAAGUCCAAGAUCGACGAAGCUUGGAGUAUCUACGAUAGAAUCGAUGUCGUCGUUAAUAACGCGGGGUACAUCCUCAGUGGGGCAGUGGAAGAGCUGACUCAAGAAGAUGUGGAAAAGUCGUUCAAGGUGAAUUUUCACGGACCUAUGAACGUCACACGCGCGGUCCUACCAUACUUGAGGAAGAAGGGGUCUGGAACUUUGCUAUUCGUCGGAUCCCAAGCUGGCUGGCACGCUGAUCCCAGUGCAUCAGGAUACUGCGCCAGCAAGUUCGCUCUAGAAGGCGCCGUCGAGUGUCUAUCAAAAGAACUCGCCAUCUUCGCUCCAGGUCUAAAGGUCCUCAUCGUCGAACCAGGAUACUGCCGCACUCCAGUUUUCAACAAGAUCCAGCACGUUGAAGCUCGUGUUCCAGAGUAUGCCCAGUUCAAUGAAGCGGUUCGACAGGCUGAGGCGACUUUGACGGAGAAUUCGCCGGGAGAUCCUGAGAAGGCUGUUGCUAGGAUGAUUGAACUCGUCAAGGGCACCGGCUUUGCAGAGGGUAAAAAGGUGCCUUUAAGGGUACCUUUGGGGUCGGAUAGUUGGUCGAGAGUGAAGACCAAGUGUGAAGAAACGUUGGAGAUUUGCCGUGAGUGGGAGGAACUGGCAAAGAGCGUUGAUAUAAAAGCCGAAAUGGUACAAGCAGAAUGA